CGCGCCAAAAUAGAUUGCGCUCUCUGGUUGACAGAUCUGUCGAAUCUAACGAAGCGUUGUCAACUUCGCAGCAUACCCGGGUAUCUCGCAUCGCGUAUACGAGUUGUCCGGUAUGAAUCGAACGUCUAAAAAUAGCGGCGAGGAGAAUUGUGCACCUCUUUUACCGUUUUUCGAAUAAUCACGGUGGUGGCUACGCACCGCUGUAAGACUUGGGAAGAGAUCGGAGCGAGCGUGAAGGGAUAAACCGAGACAAGAUGGACAUGGAAUCCCUGUACGACUACGGGGAGGAAGAUCAGGACUUCUACGAGGAGAGCCCCGGCAGCAGGAAAGGCUAUCCCAUCGACCACAGAUCCAUAAAACGUGACGUCCGAUGCAUGGGCAACUUUCUGGGAGCCAGCGGCAUCACCGAUGGUAGCGGUAUGCUGACAGUGAUGGCGAAAUUGUUGAAACAAGAGCUGGCUUCCGACGCUGAGGAGGAGAGCCUGGUGCCAGCACUCUCCGGCAGAUUCACCUCCAUACAGAAGGUGCCUUCUCUUUCGGACCUCUCCGAUCCUGAAAGCUCCUUAGAUAUACCGGCGCAAGUGCCGCCGUUAACACCUGGGACCAACAAGAAGAUGACCGAGGCUCUGGAAGCCUCCUUCGCGUCUUGGGAAAAGGAACGACUCCGUUUGAACAUAACUAAAGAUCCGAGGCAAUGGUCGGAAGCAGCUGUCGCUCACUGGUUACACUGGGCCAUCGGAGAAUUCUCCUUGGAGGGUGUAGCCGUGCAGCCGUGGCAGCACAUGACGGGCAAGCAGAUUUGUGCCAUGGGGAAGGAGUCCUUUCUAGCACGUGCCCCCGCCUUCAUGGGCGACAUCCUGUGGGAGCAUCUCGAGAUCCUGCAGAAAGAUGUCGACGCAGCGAAGGCCUCUCUGGAGAACGUGCCGGCGAACUUGUAUGAAAGCGUAUGCGUGCCAGAUUUAGGUGAUUUUUUGGGAUACCAGGGCGGCCAUCAGGUGGCAGCAUCGGAACAUAAAAACCCACCGACGCCCGCCGGUUCCACCGCCUCGAACAACUCCUCCGGUCCUCCUCAGAGCGCUACGCAACAACCCCCGAUACAACAACCCUCUUCGGGCGCGGUGUCCCUGCCGUCGUCGAGACAGUAUCAUAACGAUGGUGGUUAUAAUCAUCUUCGCAGUCCCGUGUGCCAAGACGAGAGUCAAAGAGACGAAACGUCGCCACCGCCCCACAGCCAUAGCACCCAACCACCGACCUCUCACUCUAGUACUCCUAACAGUAAUAACAACAAUAACAACAACAACAAUGCUAACAACGCGUACAUCCAUCUACGGAAUUUAAGUCAGCUCAAAACGGAAUCGAACUAUAACAAUCAUCACAUAGCGGAGCAUCUCCAAGGCGGAGGUGGCGGACUGGGCAGCGGUGGUGAUCUUGCUGGUACAGGGAAUAACGAGAGCGACUUGAGAGUCAGCGCGACCGCCACGGAGAGUUACAUGACGCCGGCGCAUUAUUCUGGAUACGACGAUACCUCUGAGUAUCACAGCUUGCCGCAGGAGCACCAGGCGCCGCAUUCUUAUAAUUUGGACAAUUCGCCAGAGUUCUACAGCACCAGCGGGAUCCACAUCGAGCCGAAGUAUCAGCCGUCACCGUUCAAGAAUUAUCCUCGAGGUCGCUAUCAUGAGGGUUACAGCGAGAGCGGAUACGGAUACGAUACAGCGCCGUUUCAAACGGUUCCCGGAAGCGGGAGCGGUGCUGGAGGCGGCGGCGUUGGCGGUGAUCAGUGGGGUGUCGGACUUAGCGAACAUCCUUUGCCACAUCCUGCGUUUCUACCAGGGCUCGGGCCACGAGACUCCUCCAAUCCUCAUCAUCCUACGUCCAUUGCCAAUAAUGCGGACCAAAAGCCAUUGCUGCAAAGCACUAUGCUUCCAGGUUACGCAGGUGGCGGGCCAUGUUUCACUGGAUCAGGUCCGAUACAACUGUGGCAAUUUCUGCUGGAGCUUUUAACCGACAAGUCGUGCCAAGGUUUUAUCUCGUGGACCGGUGACGGCUGGGAAUUUAAGCUGACCGAUCCAGAUGAGGUUGCGCGCCGUUGGGGCAUCCGCAAAAAUAAACCCAAGAUGAAUUACGAGAAGUUGAGCCGAGGUUUACGCUAUUACUACGACAAGAAUAUCAUACACAAAACUGCUGGGAAGCGAUAUGUGUACCGUUUUGUAUGCGACUUACAAAGUCUACUAGGAUACAGUCCUGAGGAAUUACACGCAAUGGUAGACUUGAAACCCGAGAAGAAGGAAGAAGACUGAGUUUUUGUUAAUGAACAUGCUUUAGGACUGUGUCACACCGAUAAAUGAAAAGUAAUACAAUGUUUCUUUGCUUCGUGCGAAGAACAGAGAAAAACGGCGGGACAAAGUAUCCGUAACUAAGGAAUCACUAUAAGAUAACUAUUCUCUCAGAUGCAGAAGACUGUGAUAGUGCGUCUUCUUUGUUCAGAUGUAACAAAAUCGGAUCGGUCGUAUGUACCAAAGACAGGGUCUGCAUACCAUUGGUGCCUAAAGUUAAUGAAUCGUGAAUUUGUUUCUAAGUGAUUAAUUUGUCACAGCAGAUUUUAGAGAAUAUUUAUAGGAAUAACUCGUCAAUUUAUACAUAUAUAAAUAUAUAUUUUUAAUGUUAAAUGAUUUUUCAACAACUAUUAAGCACAUCGGAUGAUCAACUGAUGAUGCCCUAAAUUAUUUAUGACUCAUCAUUUUAACAUGUGUGUUAUAUCUCGUUGAUACAAUGAUAGAUGACACGAUAUGUGAUUGUUAUUACUAUAAUUUUACUAUAAUAAACUCAUACAAUAUACUAUGUAGCGAGCUUCAAUCCGAUAUUUUCAUGCUUUUCUAUGUAUAGAUUAAUUAAGAUUAUAACACUACUUUUCUCUCUUCCAAG